AUGGCAUCUAGUACAGAGGGAGUACCCAGCUCUGGGAUAGUUACUCCCUCUACCACUUACGUGGCAACAGCUCCUGCAGCAGCUUUGUCAUCCAUCUCACAAUCUCAAAUCAGUCCUAGUUCGCAGACUGCGACAAGUGACUCUGCUGUCAGUUCAAAUUCUGUAGCCGUCGGCAAUGUCUCAAUACAAGCUGCAGCACAGUCCAGUUCAAAUACUGGUACCCGCAGUGCUUCAGUGCAACUAACAACUACUACACCAUCGAAAGCAGGUGUGUGCCCGAAUUUUUGCUUAUCUGAGGAAUUAGUUUUAAUAGAAUUACUCCAACAAUAAAUGUAUUAGUAUUUCUUGUGAUAAACAUAUUCUUAUAUUUUCUAUUUGUAGGAUCAGUUGUGCAGCCUUCUUCGUCAAUAUCCUACAAUGGAAGUAAGUUUGAUCAAAUUUCUUCUGUCAUCAACAGUAUGCACGUUUUGAAUUCACACGAGCACCGAUAUGCUGUUAUAUAUCUAUGGAUAAAAAUAUUUACUGCUAACUGUAGAAUUUCCCUAUACUGAUAGCUUUUAUUCUCCAUAAAAAUAAUAUUUCAAUAUAAAGAAUUUCUAACUCGAUUAUGAAUGAAAAGUCCACUUUUUUGCGUGCGUGCUGUAUGUACUGUUUAAUCCACCAAUUGUAAAGAAGAGUUAGAAGACAAUUUUUUACCGGAAAACUCUGUGCUGAUUAAAUUUCCCUAUAUUGUGUGAUUAGUAGUUAAGCCUAGCGAGACUUUAAGCUAGCUACCUGUCUGAUGCAACCAGAAGACUGGUAUAGACCCAUUGCACAUGACAUCACAGCCCGCCGGUGACGAUGUAUCUGGAGGACAAAUUAGCAAUCUAUGCAUAAUAUAACUUUAUAAUAAUUUUGUAUUAAAAUGGUUAAUUUUUGCGCUGUAUGUGGUUGUUGUACCCGAACAGAUAUUGUUAGGGAGCUUUUUGAGGACACUCUAAGGAUUUGUGACGUCAGUGCAAUGGGUCUAUAAGUGCCUAAAGCUCCGGUAAAACGAGCGUAAGAGUUGACGAAAAUUGAUGCCGAGAGUUGUCUUUCUCGUGUUUGAUUGCCCACUGACUCUCAUUGACUUUGAGCAGGUUCUUUCUACAUGUAGUUUUAUAUUGCAACUUUUUGUAUUAUUUUUACAAGAAUCUUGUCACACGUGUUUGUAUAACAAAACUGGAUACUGUGAGAAAGCGACAGAUAAAUGUGAGGGUAAAGAGACCUACUGUUACGAUUUCAACACUGACCAUAUGGAAGGACGGUAG